GACUGGAGAGUCAAUUAGAUCUGAAGUGAAAAUUUCAAGUCGAAGGUCAAAAGGGGCCAGCAUAAGGAUUCUCUCGAUGGAGAAGGAAGAAAAAGUUGGGCAAUGUCAUCAUCGGCAACCACAUAGAAUCCUUCACUUUACGACGAUCUCUGUUUUUUGAUCCCUUCUUUGAGGGAAAGUGAGAGAGCAAGUACUCCAUUGAAGCGAUUGAACUGAUUCUGCAGAGCAGUGGAUUGAAGAUAGAGAAAGAUUUUGUUCUUGUGUGUUUUUGGCGCAGAUCUCCAUGAAGAACACGAGGAAGAAGAAGAAGCGAUCGCCGGCCCCCAAGUCCACCUGCAAAGGCGUUGUGGGGAACAGGGAUCUUGGCAAAGUAGGAGGAGGAGGGGUUGAACCCGAAGGUGAACAAAAACGUGAGGUUCUGGAGAGAUUGGUUGGAGCAUUUUCCUUAUCUUCUUCUGAGGAAGCUGCUUUGCCAUAUAAAGAUGCCGAGGUUGAUCUCGAAGAAACUGCUCAAAUUCCGAUGGGAGGCUUUGUGGAUAAUAUUAAGGUUUCUUCCACUUGUUCUAGCUCUAGUGGGUUUUCGGGUAUGGACUUGGCAUCAACUUCGGGUUCGUCUGAAGGGUUUAUGGAGUCCAAUUAUGCGGAUAUGAGCAGUGCCAAUGGAUUCCGAAGGGGUAAGCAGAAGAAGAAGGUAUCUGCAGCUAUGGGUACCGUUUCCACGGUUUUGGGCAAGGAGUAUAUGAGACGGAGCUCAAAUAGGCCCAAUGGAUAUCAUAAUAAUGAAGUCGUUGAAAAGGCAGAGGUGGAGCAGUUUCUGUGUUCGAUGCUGGGAAAUGAUUGUGACAUCAGUUUGGCUGUUGUUAGAGAUGUUCUAUGUCAGUGUGGAUAUAAGAUGGAUAAGGCCCUGGACGUGUUGCUUGAGAUGUCUAUGCCUUCCGAUCAACAAUAUGAGAAAGACAGACACCCUGAUGGCACAGCUGAUAAUAUUGAUGAUAUGAGAUUUCCUGCUUACCAUGAGAAUCUAACAGACAGUAGAUCAGAGUGCACAUCCUUUUCAUCGGAAGGUGAAUUUUCUGACAAUUGGUGGUCCCUGGGAUCUUUUCACGGGAAUUAUGCAGAGGUGCUCUCUAGUUCUAAAGCUCAAUAUGAUAAUGGCUUUGGAAAUGUAAAGUCUGAACUUCCUCAGAAGGUGUUGGAAUCUCUGUUUGACAUUCACAAAAGUACUGAACAUGACAAAGAUGCCAUGAACUGGAGUAAUGUAGUAAAGAAAAUGCAGUCUUUGGCGCCUCAAUUGAAUGCUUCUUGUGGUGUUGCCAAAUCUCAGCAACAUACUUAUGCUAAAGGAGAUGACUAUUAUGUGCUUAGGGAAGAUGCAAAGCAGCACUGGGAUUCAAUGAGAUCUUAUUAUCAGAAAGCUUCAGCUGCACACACCAAAAAAGAACGAGCAUAUGCAGCAUAUCUUUCUGACCAGGGAAAGGAACAAAGUAACUUGGCUCAGAAGGCAGAUGCAAAGGCAAGCCAUGACAUAUUUAUGGCUAGAAACAAGGAUAUAGAAAAUGUCAUAACUAUUGAUUUGCACGGGCAGCAUGUCAAACCAGCAAUGAGAAUACUUAAACUACACCUCCUAUUUGGAUCUGUUGUUCCCUCUGUCCGGACACUAAGGGUUAUCACAGGUUGUGGAUCACAUGGUGUGGGAAAGUCAAAGCUGAAACAAUCAGUUAUAAAGCUUCUGGAAAAGGAGAAUGUUGAAUGGCGUGAAGAGAAUCGGGGAACUGUGAUAAUCAAACUUAGUGGAUCCAGAGAGUUCAGUUUUCUGGACUCUGAUACUGAUAGUGACUGCAAUUAAAUUCCUGUACCAAGGUACUAUAGGAAUAUCAGCUUGUAACAAGUAAGAUAAUUUAGAAGGCUAACAAUUUCUCUAGACACUAAUUAAUGUUAGCCCAGCUUUUGGUUUAUUAUUUCUAGUACCUCUGAGGGUGGAAAAUUUGCAGUGCGCUAUGCAGAGAACCUCUAACUCAAUUGAUAAGUCUAAAGAUUAAGAUAUUACUACAGUUGUACAUAUGUUCAUGUAACAAUUACUUCUAACUUGCAAUGAAGUCUUCAAUUAAAUUA